AUGAAUGGUCAUCAACAACAACAGCCACGUUCAGAUCGAUAUCCUAAUCUACUUGUCACAGUAAAACAUGAAACAAACGAACGACUAGUAACUGAAAAUUAUUCAAAUUCACAAAAACGUCGUUCAAAAAAAAAUUAUCGUCCUACGAAUUUUCAUCCAACAACAAUUUUUUAUAAUAGUAAUCAUCAUUAUCGUCAAAAACAACAUUUUACACGAACACUACCGUCCACAAAUGAAUAUUAUGAUCGUCUACAAUAUCAUAAUUAUCAACAACCUAUUCGUCCAUUAAUGGAAAUAAAAAAUAAUCAUACUUAUAUUUCACGUGACCUUAAUGAUGAUGAUGAUGAUGAUAUUGCGUAUCUUAAUUUCAAGCCAAAAGAACCAACACAACGUGGUCAAUAUCGUAAUCGAAAAGCUGAAUUAGAUUGGGAUCAUGCAUUUGAUCUUGAUCAAAUACAUCUAUAUACAACACAAAAUGAUAUUGAUAAUCAUUCACUUAUUAGUUUUCAUAGUUCAAGUGACAAUUCAUUUUCGUCUGUUUAA